CGUGAUCUACAGACGCCCGCCAUAAUUCGCUGUCCUUUUGGAGAAGGUGAAGCUCUUCUCAGCGGAAUACACUUCGAAUUUGACCCCAUCGAUGUCACCGAACUUCAGAAGGAUCCAUAUUUCCUUAAUAUAUUCCCUACUUUGAAAACUGGGGAUGCCCAGCGACGACAGUUUUGUAGGGCUGCUCUUGAGGACUUUUUAAGUUAA